AAUACAUGUAAGAAUAUAUUCACAUUUAGAUCUUUUGAUUCUACAAUGAAAUAAUUUUGUAGCCAAUACCUUCAUAGAGAUUGAACUACCCCUAACUUAUCGACAAGUUUAUAUUUAUUUUUUUCCAUCAAUAAAAGACAAAUAAUUAAAUAAACAUAAGGUUGUUAAUCAAAUUUUUUAAUAUAUGUGAAUAGUGUUUCUAGACACACAAUUAUGACUUGUUCACCAUUUCCUUGCAUUGCCCGCCAUAGACUUACUACCUUUGACCUUCUUAAUCUCUCUCUCUUCAACACGUUUUUUCUUCUCCAAUAUUACUAUCAACACCCUUUUUUUUUCUUCUAUACUUUAUAUUCUUUCAUUCUCUUAAUAUUCAUUCCAAAAACUGCUGCAAAAACUUCUUUCUUUUCCUCAAAACCAAGUUCCUUUGUCUCACAUAUCAUUCAUUUCAUUCAUUCGUAGCAACUUUCUAGUUCUUGGCUAGUUUUGUUUCUUUCAAAUUUCAAGUGUUUCUAUAAAUAUAACAUGUUUGAAGAAUCUUCGAACCGAGACAUCUUUUAACUAAGGACAAAACUCUCAAAGCAGACAAUACCUCAGAACGUAGUGCAACAGACUUGAGGUUGGAACCCGGAGCACGAAGCAGAUUAUAAGUUCAUGGAUUCUAAGAGACCACUUUUGUUACAAUCACCAAGGACAACAAAUGAUCAAGAGUUUCCAACAAUUCCAGUUUUUCCUGAGCUACCAAAAUCAAAGUCAAGUUCAAGCAAUACAGUAACAUUUUCUGGUGUUGAAUAUGGUCAACAAGUUGAUCACAAAACCUCUUCAAACUCAUCAACAUCAUCAAGUAAAAGUGCCAUGUCAAUUCAUUCAAUGAGUUCUAGCAAGAGGAACAAUAGUUUAAACCAUUCAGGAUCAAAAAAGCCUGUAACUGUGAGAUAUGGUUCAAAAGGUGGUGGUGAUUCUGAUGGAUUGACUAUGUCACAAAGGGAACUUAGAGAUGAAGAUGCAAGAUUGGUUUAUAUCAAUGAUCCUGAGAAAACCAAUGAGAGUUUUGAAUUUUUCGGAAAUUCAAUAAGAACUGCUAAAUACUCAAUCCUUACUUUCAUUCCAAGGAAUUUGUUUGAACAGUUUCAUAGAGUUGCUUAUGUAUAUUUUCUCAUCAUUGCUAUUCUCAAUCAGCUUCCUCAACUUGCAGUUUUCGGAAGAUAUGUUUCGAUUCUACCAUUAGCUUUCGUUCUGUUUGUUACCGGUGUGAAAGAUGCUUUUGAGGAUUGGAGGAGACACAAUUCAGAUAAAGUUGAGAAUAACAGGUUAGCAUCAGUUUUGAUUAAUGAUGGUAGUUUCGUAGAGAAGAAAUGGAAGGAUAUUAGGGUUGGUGAGAUUGUAAAAAUCAAAACAAAUGAAACAAUUCCUUGUGAUAUUGUUUUGUUGUCAACUAGUGAUCCAACUGGUGUUGCAUAUGUGCAAACUAUUAAUCUUGAUGGUGAGUCUAAUUUGAAGACUCGGUACGCGAAACAAGAGACAGGUUCAAAGGUUCAGCCGAGGUAUACUGGUUUAAUUAAGUGCGAGAAACCGAAUAGGAAUAUCUAUGGAUUUAUGGCGAAUAUGGAAAUUGAUGGUAAGAAGUUGUCACUUGGAUCAACCAACAUUGUGCUUAGAGGAUGUGAGCUCAAAAAUACUAGUUGGGCGCUUGGUGUCGCGGUUUAUUGUGGCCGCGAUACCAAAGCUAUGCUCAACAGUUCAGGAGCUCCAACAAAGAGAAGUAGGCUUGAGACACGGAUGAAUUACGAAAUCAUUAUGCUGUCCUCUUUUCUUGUUGCAUUGUGUACGAUCACAUCGGUUUGUGCUGCGGUUUGGUUGAAGCGCCAUAAGGACGAGCUGAAUUUGUUGCCUUAUUAUAGGAAACUUGAUUUUUCGAAACCGAAAGUUGACGACUAUAAGUACUAUGGAUGGGGAUUGGAAAUCUUUUUCACAUUCCUUAUGUCAGUUAUAGUUUAUCAAGUCAUGAUUCCUAUUGCUUUGUACAUUUCUAUUGAGCUUGUUCGCGUUGGCCAGGCCUAUUUCAUGAUCGAAGACCAUCGGUUGUAUGAUGAGGCUACUGAUUCAAAAUUUCAGUGCAGGGCUUUGAAUAUUAAUGAAGAUUUGGGGCAAAUUAAGUAUGUGUUCUCAGAUAAAACUGGUACACUUACUGAGAAUAAGAUGGAGUUUCAAUGUGCUAGCAUUUGGGGAGUUGAUUACAGUUCCACAAAAGCCAACAUGGAUGGUGAGCAAGGUGAAUACUCAGUGCAAGUUGAUGGAAAAGUGUUGAAGCCAAAGAUGAAAGUGAAAGUUAAUCCAGAGCUUUUGAAAUUGGCAAGAAGUGCAGUUGAAAACGAGGAAGGAAAAAGGAUUUAUGAUUUCUUUCUAGCACUUGCAACCUGCAAUACUAUUGUGCCUCUUGUUGUUGACACACCUGAUUCUGAUGUUAAGCUGUUAGAUUACCAAGGUGAAUCACCGGAUGAACAAGCAUUGGCGUAUGCUGCCGCAGCCUAUGGUUUUAUGCUUAUUGAACGAACCUCCGGCCACAUUGUCAUCGAUAUUCAUGGAAAAAGACUAAAGUUCAAUGUCUUGGGUUUACAUGAAUUUGACAGUGAUAGAAAAAGGAUGUCGGUUAUAUUAGGCUACCCCGACAGCUCAGUAAAACUCUUUGUCAAAGGAGCAGACACAACCAUGUUUAAUGUAAUAGACAAAUCAUACAACAUGGACUUAAUAAAAUCCACAGAAACUCAUCUUCACUCAUAUUCAUCCCUUGGUUUAAGAACACUUGUUAUCGGAAUGAAAGAGCUCAACACUUCAGAGUUUGAGGAAUGGCAUGCAGCCUAUGAAGCAGCAAGCACUGCGGUAUUCGGUAGGGCUGCACUGCUCAAAAAGAUUUCAAACAAUGUUGAAAGCAAUGUUUGCAUUCUAGGAGCUUCUGCUAUUGAAGAUAAACUUCAACAAGGUGUGCCGGAAGCUAUUGAGUCUCUAAGAGCAGCAGGGAUUAAAGUUUGGGUUUUGACUGGUGACAAGCAAGAAACUGCUAUAUCUAUCGGAUUCUCGUCAAAACUUUUAACAAGAAACAUGACUCAGGUUAUUAUUAAUAGUAAUAAUAGAGUUUCAUGUAGAAAAAAUCUCAAAGAUGCUCUUGAAAGGUCCAGAAAACUUAUGUCUACCUUUGGUGUUGGCAACAAUGAUGGAGCAGUUGCAAAUCAGAUAGCUUUGAUUAUUGAUGGUGGAAGCCUUGUACACAUUCUUGAUAGUGAACAUGAAGAAGAGCUAUUUCAACUUGCAAGUUUGUGUUCUGUUGUUCUUUGUUGUCGAGUUGCUCCAUUGCAAAAGGCUGGUAUUGUUUCCCUUGUGAAGAAUAGGACAUCUGACAUGACACUAGCCAUUGGAGAUGGUGCUAAUGAUGUGUCAAUGAUUCAAAUGGCUGAUGUUGGAGUUGGUAUCAGUGGACAAGAGGGUAGACAAGCUGUAAUGUCGUCCGAUUUUGCAAUGGGACAGUUUAGGUUUUUAGUUCCUCUCUUAUUGAUACAUGGUCACUGGAAUUACCAAAGACUUGGUUACAUGAUACUAUACAAUUUCUACAGAAAUGCUGUCCUUGUUCUUGUCCUAUUUUGGUAUGUGCUCUACACCGCCUUCACUUUGACAACUGCUAUAAAUGAAUGGAGUUCGACAUUAUAUUCAAUAAUCUACAGUGCACUACCAACUAUUAUUGUUGGAAUUCUUGACAAAGAUCUUGGUAGAAGCACUCUCCUAAAGUUUCCACAACUUUAUAGUGCUGGCCAAAGAGAUGAAGCCUACAACAAGAAAUUGUUUCUGCUAACAAUGGCUGAUACUUUGUGGCAAAGUAUGGUUAUCUUUUGGCCUCCACUCUUUGCAUAUUGGAAAAGUACUAUUGAUGUAGCAAGUAUAGGAGAUCUUUGGACUAUUGCGACGGUUAUUUUGGUCAAUUUACAUUUGGCUAUGGAUGUUGUUAGAUGGUAUUGGGUUACUCAUGCUGUCAUUUGGGGAUCUAUUGUUGCAACUUUCAUUUCUGUCAUGAUCAUUGAUGCUAUACCUCAACUUCCUGGUUACUGGGCUUUCUUUCAUGUUUCAAGCAGUGGAUUGUUUUGGGCAUUGUUGCUAGGAAUUGUGAUAGCAGCAUUACUUCCACGUUUGGUUGUAAAAUUUAUUUAUGAAUAUUAUUUUCCUAGUGAUAUUCAAAUUUCAAGAGAAGCUGAAAAGAUUAAACAAUAUCAAAGAGUUGCUGAAAAUGGACAAAUAGAAAUGCUUCCUAUCUCAGAUCAGCAACAACAUAGAUAAGAGCAGUGAUUUUUCUUUUUUAUUUUGUAAAGUUGCAUAUUCUUUAGGCUAGCUAGUUCAUACAAUCAUAGUAUUUCUCUUUGCUGCGGAUUUCAUAGGUAGCUAUCCAAAGGAUAGAGUUUUUUUGUUACACUUUAUAGGUUUGUUAUUAUAUUUUCAUUCUUUGUGUCUAUAGUUUGUUCUGUUGUAAAUUACCAUUGAAUAUUACAAAAGAAAAGGUUGAUUUCAUUGA